ACAAAGAUAUCAACGGCAGGAUUUGUUGUUCACUCCGAUCAACUCUGCAACUGUAAGCAAAGAUGCCACUCUCUUUGAAAUCUCCGCCUUCUCCAUCUCUCUCUGCGUCGCUCCAAAAGGGCAGAUGGAGGACAGUCGGAUCCAGGUUCGCCGUCGCUCCUCCUCCGUCCGUUCUCUUCAAUCUCCGGAGGUCUCCGCUUCCUCGGAUUUGUGCUUCCGCGGGCUCAUCGUCUCCGUCGUCUUCGUCUCUUGAAGCUGGUCAGAGCUCUGAACUGGAUGCUGUCUCGGCUUUCAGUGAAAUCGUUCCAGAUACUGUCAUUUUCGACGAUUUCGAGAAGUUCCCUCCAACUGCUGCUACUGUUAGCUCCGGUCUUCUGUUGGGUAUCUGUGGUCUUCCUGAUACAAUUUUCCGGAAUGCGGUAGAUAUGGCCUUGGCGGAUUUUACUUGUACUGGACAGGAAAGCCCUGAGUCUAGAUUCUCUUGCUUUUUCAACAAGGCUAUCGUCAAUGUUGGUGGCGAGUUGGUGAAACUUGUUCCUGGUCGAGUUUCAACUGAAGUGGAUGGACGCCUUGCUUAUGACACAAAUGGAAUCAUCCGAAAGGUUCAUGAUUUGUUGAAACUGUACAAUGAAAUCGAUGUACCACAUGACCGGCUGCUAUUCAAAAUCCCUGCAACUUGGCAAGGUAUAGAAGCUGCAAGAUUACUGGAAUCUGAGGGUAUACAGACGCACCUGACUUUCGUGUACAGCUUUGCUCAAGCUGCAGCAGCUGCCCAAGCAAAUGCCUCUGUCAUUCAGAUUUUCGUUGGUCGUCUCAGGGAUUGGGCUCGUAAUCAUUCUGGAGAUCCCGAGGUAGAAGCUGCUAUUAAAGCCGGGGAUGAUCCUGGUUUGGCCUUGGUCAGAAAAUCGUAUAACUAUAUUCACAAGUACGGUUACAGAUCUAAGCUUAUGGCUGCAGCAGUCCGAAACAAGCAAGACUUGUUCAGUCUUCUCGGUGUCGAUUAUAUUAUAGCGCCAUUGAAGGUACUGCAAUCUCUCAAAGAGUCAGCGACCACACCCGACGAGAAGUACUCAUUCGUGCGGAAGCUUUCACCCGAGAUUGCAACUCACUACAACUUCACCAACAAAGAGCUAGUGAAAUGGGAUCAGCUAGGCAUGGCGUCAGCCAUGGGAGCUGCAUCUGUGGAGCUUCUUUCUGGUGGAGUGGAAGGUUAUGCAAACCAAGCCAGACGCGUUGAAGAGCUCUUCGCCAAGAUCUGGCCUCCUCCUAACGUCUAAAGAACACUCUCUCUCCCUUCUUCAAAAAUCAAUAAUAAAAAGACAAAAUCCAGGUUUCUUUAUUUACAUUUGCCCUCUUUGUUCUUUCGUCAAUUGCGUUUUGUCUGAAACUUCUCUGGCUGUGACCUGAGAGACAUGAACUUAGUCCAAAUCUGAUGAUCUCUGAGUCAUGUCUAUGUCAGAUUUUGUUCAUGUCCA